AUGCAGAGAGAGAAGCUGCACAUGAGGGAGAUAGAGAGGCUGCAGACGAUGCAGGGAGAGAAGCUGGACAUGAGAUGUGCGAAGAAGAGGCUCGGGUUGAAGAAUUGGUUGCUGGUUUUGUUGAUGAGGAGGAGAACAACAAUAAUGACUACCAACGAACUCCUCCUCGUGCAUCAGAUUCAGAUGGUGAAGAAGAAGAAAUUCAGAGCUGUUCUUAUGAUAGGUGGAGAAGAGGAAGUGGGGAAAUCCAGAUUAGACAAGUUUUUUGAGAGCAUUAAAUAG